CAGCUUGAUUCUGACAGUUUCUUGCCGGGAGGAGUACGCACGAGCUGUUUCAGUGUGCAAGAAGGUUGGCAUUAAAGUCGCACAGUUAGUGGGGUCAUAAUGGCUGAUAGGGCCGACGUUACACCUACCGCGAGUAGCCAGCCUCCUGGAAGAGAAGAGCAGGGAGGAGGAGAAGAUGGAGGAAGCUCAGAAGGGGAUGCAAACAGCGGUUUGACUGAUGCCCAGAGGCAGGUAUUGGAGAGGUGUGUACAUGCACUGACGCACGCUACAAACGACAGUCAGAUGUUGGCUGCUCUUCUCUUGAUAAGUCGCUUGUGCCCAGCGAGUGACCUGGACAAACCCACGUUGAAGCGCAUCUUUGAGGCGGUGGGCCUCAGCCUUCCAGUUCGACUUCUCCUCACAGCAGUCAGAGGGGGUGAGAACUCUGGCUUACCCCCACGUGAGCUCCUUUCGCUGGGCAUUGCUCUGCUGGCUGCCCUGAGCACAGAACCAGACAUGGCCUGCAAUCCUGAGCUUCUUAGAACCAUCCCCCUCCUGCUGAGCCUCUUGGCAAACGGUUUUAUGUUUAACCAGCAGAAGCAGGAGGUCCAGGAAGAGCACCAAAUGGAUGAGAGUCCAGAGUGUAAUCCUGCCGGUGGAGCACACUCUGCACAAGAGGCUGAGAGCAGCAAGCAAAAAGGUGAUGAUGGCAGUGAAGCAAGCAGCAGGUCAGCAGCUGAAGAAGACUCUCUGUCUUGCAGUUUUGAUGCAGCCCUGGCUGCUGACUGCUACCUGAUUUUGACAGCUGUGUGCACCUUACCCAGAGGCCCAGAACAGCUGCUGAGCAGGGGUGCUGUGGCAGCUGUGUGCCAAGCAGUGCAACUGAACCGGCCUUUCAGCCGUGACAGGGGGCUUGUCGUGCUGGGCUUCCUCCUCUCAGGUAAAAACAAGGACAAAGCAUGGCGCAACCACACAACAGAGCUCCUCUCCCUGGUGAUCAGGCUCUCCAAAGACUUCUGCCAGUCCACAAACGAGACCAGGCUGGAUAUGUGUGCCCAGCUGGCACAGUUCCUGCCCCCAGCAGGAGUAGCAACUGAGAAUGAAAGGCUAAAGGAAGCCGUGAGACAAUUAUGGGAGGUACUGAGGCCUAUGGUGCAGGCAAAAUUAACACAGACACAGAUCGGACCAAUCCUGGUCCUCUGUGCUUGUCUACUGGAUUUAUAUGGCUGGGAUAUUGUGGGUCCUCCAAAGUUCUGCUGCUUACUGGUGAACCGGGCCUGUGUGGAGGUCAGACUGGGUUUGGAAGCACCACCUGGUAAUGAUUUGAGCCCAGAGCUGCAGGAUACACUAACAGGCUGUUACAGAAUCAUGGAGGCAGCCAUAGAGCAAGCCUGCAGUCCAGGAGUCCCACAGGGUGUUGCUCCCCCUCAGAGUGCCCUCAGUCUACAGCAGAGCAGGCAGAUCCUCAGGGUCCUGGAGGAGGCCUUCUCUGCUUUGAUAUACUACCUGCAGCAGGUGGAUCAGAGCCGCUAUGGUGACCCUUUCGUUUUCGCCACGUUCCGCUCUCUGGGUUCAUGGCUGGCUGAGGAGACUUCCUGUCUGAAGAAGGAAGUGACUGGACUGCUGCCAUUUCUGAUCAGCUACACCCAGAGCCACCUGCACAGGGGGAGCUCAGAGCAGGGCCUCGCUGACUGGAUGGCCAAGAUGUCUGCUGAUGUGGACGAAGUUGUGUGGACAGGCAGAGAGGCUCUGAGGUAUCUCCUCCCAGCUCUGUGCCACCUGUCAGCAGAGAAGGGUCCCAGGAAGGUGUUGCUUGACCUUGACACCCCAACCCUGCUGGUGGAUUUCCUGACUCAGAGCUGGGUUUCCCUCAAGAGAAAAAGCAGUGCAGCAUCUGCAAGAGAUCCCAGCAUGGAGACGGCUUGCUCUGCACUACUUAACUUCAUAGUUACAGAGCCAGAGAGAGUCAGGAAGGACUCAUGUUUCAGAAGCCUGGAGUCCCUUCUGAGUGAAGCACUUCCCCUUUUGGUGAAUAAGCCCCGCCUCCUGGUCCUAACAGCAAAUUGCUGCACUUUGGGACUCAUGCUUGGCAGAUUAACAGAAGCAGGCGCAGUGGAAGUAGGCCAGAGACGUUUCCUUUCUGCAGCUCUCAGGUUUCUUUGCAGCGCCCUGGACUCAAGCUCCAGUCCUGGUCCACUGAAAGUGAGCCUGAGCUGGGAAGACAGUUGGGAUGAUGCCGCAGAGCUCUGGAGGCUGAGUUUGCAGGCUCUGGGAGGCUGCGUCCGUGCCCAGCCCUCCAUCACCACCCUGAUCAGAGAGGAAGGUUGGCUCAAAAACAUGCUCACCAUGCUCUGUCAGUGUAGCGCUCUUCCCGACCAGCUGACGCAGGAUGCGCUGGAGGAGGCUCUGUGUGUCAUGGCGGAGCGGUGCCCAGUGUGUAAACAAGAGAUUGGAGACAUGAUGAGGAGAUGCAGUGACGGAGCAUUGAGCAAUAUGAAGAAGCUGGAGAAAUCAGUGGGACUGCAGUAAAACCGGCUUCGCUGGACAAAUGGUUCAACCUUUUAAUAGACUUUUAACUUAGUGAAGUGUUGCCAAUAAAACAGGGAAAUUUCUGACACCAAACUUGUGGUAUAAAUAUUUUUGCUUUGACUUUUUUGUAAUGAGAUGAAACCCAAUAAAAUUUGUUUUUAUAGAAAAUGUGGAAGAUUGUUUCUGUGCAUACUUCUGUGUGACUGUACCCAGUUUGUCAGACUGACCUACUUUAUUGUUUUCACCAUAAAUCAUUGAACAUCUGAGAGCUGUGCAGCCAGGUGAUCCACAGACAGCUGUACCUCACAUGGAGCUGAGAAUGCACAUGAACUGUUACUCAAAUGU